CAGGUGUAUGAUGAAAAGAGAAAUUUUGAAAGGGAAAUUUGAAAUGGUAAAAAAAUACAAAAAUGAUUGAUUAUGCUAUUGAUAUUCAUAAACUUCUAUAUGAAAGAGGCGAGGAUAUACCAGAAGAUUUGCUUGAAAAGAGAGGAAAAGUUGUCAACGAAUUAAGAAUAUAUCAAGAAGAAACAGACAAUAUAAGACAAGUUUUUCAGUUAGAUACAGUGGCUAAGCAAAUUGAACAAACUAGGGAUGGAAGAAUGCUGCUGGAGUUCUUAUUUGAUGUUAAUUGUAUGGACAAUGUAUAUGUAUUUGCGAAAAGUCAGUAUGAAUGUGGUAACUACUUAUCUGCAACAGAAUACUUGUACCUGUAUCGUUUAUUGGUUCCAUCAACUGAUAAAAAUUACUUAAAUGGAAUGUGGGGGAAAUUAGCUGCUGAAAUAUUGAUGCAAAACUGGGAUACAGCACUGGAUGAUUUUAACCGAUUAAAAGAAUAUAUCGACAGUAAUCCUUUUGGGUCUGCUUUAAUUGCUCUCCAACAGCGCACAUGGUUAAUCCACUGGAGUCUUUUUGUAUUCUUCAAUCAUGCUAAAGGACAAGACCUCAUCAUCGACAUGUUUUUAUUCCAACAACAGUAUUUGAACGCUAUUCAAACAAUUUGUCCUCACAUCUUAAGGUAUUUGACAACUGCUGUAAUUACAAACAAGCAAAGACCGUCUGUGAUGAAAGAACUAGUGAAAGUUAUCCAACAAGAGUCUUACCAAUAUCGAGAUCCUAUUACUGAGUUUGUAGAGUGUUUGUAUGUGAAUUUUGAUUUUGAUGGAGCCCAAAAAAAGCUUAGAGAAUGUGAAGAAGUUUUAGCACAUGAUUUUUUCUUAGUUUCUUGUUUAGAUGCUUUUAUUGAAAAUGCACGUUUGGUUAUAUUUGAAACCUUUUGCUGUAUACAUCAAUGUCUGUCUAUUAAAAUGUUGGCUGAGAAACUGAAUAUGAACCCAGAAGAUGCUGAAAAAUGGAUUGUAAAUCUUAUUCGAAAUGCUCGUUUGGAUGCAAAGAUUGAUUCUCAGCUAGGUCAUGUUGUGAUGGGUACCAAGAAACUGUCUCCCUACCAACAGCUCAUUGAAAAGACAAAAGUGCUAUCCUUUAGAGCUCAACUAUUAGCUACAAGUGUAGAAAAGAAAGUGGCUGCCAAUCAUCCAGAAAGAGUUCCAUAUUGGGCUGCACAGGAAUUUUAACAAAACACACUCAGAGACUUUAACAUAUUGUAGAAUAUUUUAUUUAAAAAAUAAAAUCAUUCUGUCUGUAUAAAUUCUGAACAUGAUAAAAUUCGUCAAAAAUGUGAUUUGCUUGCUGACUAAAUAUAUUUGAUUUAAAUGAAGAAAUGCCAUAAAAAAAAUAAUAUGUUUCAAAUCAUCUGGGAAUUAGUAAAACAUAAGUAUUUUGAGAUGUACGUAUGCAGAUUGUUUUGAAGAAAAUAUGGUCAAUAUGAUAAAACAUAAUAAGUAUUUAAGACUUCUCCGACCACAAUUUUCCUGUAUUUUUGUUACUGCAUAGGGUUUCUUGGAAUUUUUAAUAUCUGAUUAUUUACUAUUGGUUUCAAAGCGCAAUGUGAUUUUUGUGCAAGGAAAAAAGUGGUAACAGAGGUAAAUAAAAUAAAUUUGAUGAUUCUAAACUUUAAAAAAAAUGCAAUCAUUUUUAAUUAACUGGAAUAUAGCAAGACUGUCAUAUUAAGAAGCCCAUAUUUUGUAACUUGCUCCUUGGAAGUAUUAAAAUAUCAACUUUCGUUUAAAAUGUUAAGUGUAAAUAAAAAGAAACAAAUCAAGAAAUAAUUGCUACACCAACUGAAGAAAAUGGACAUUGUUUAUGUAACUUUAGCAGGUGUUUUAAUUUUCUAUGUAUUAAAGUUCAAUGCCACCCAUAGAGUAAAGAAAUGACAUAGAGAGGCCCCGCUAUAAUAAGAAAUUGAAGCCAGAAAUUGCACCGCUGUAUCCCAAGAUCCUUAGUUUCUUGAGGUACAUCUUAAUUCAAAACACUCCAUUACUGAAUCUCAAUUGGUUGGUUAUUUAAACUUAGAUAUUGUUGCAAGUUUAUGAAGCAUGUUUUUGAAAUUGCAUUGAAAUAUGAAUUAAAUUGCAAACCAAUCCGCCAGCUACUUUAUACGGUCCCUUUGCGAGAUUGGUAAAAACUAUUCUCGCGAAGCGAUCAUGUUAUCAUAACCCCGCCCAUCAUUACACCGCUGUAUCCCAUAAUUCCGGCUUCAAUUUCAUUUUUUUUACCAUAGAGAUGGCCUCUCUAUGUAUAUUUCUUUACUCUACGAUGCUACCAGGCUUUAUUGUUAAGAGUUUUUUCUAUAAUUUUAUUUCAUAACACAAACUGUGUUUUUAAUAUGAACAUGAAAUGAGUUUUCCUUUAUUUAAUUUUUUUAUUUACUGUUUGGCGCAACACUUUUUAUGUCAAGCUGAAUUAUACCAGUGU